AUGCCAGAGAGGUUCUUGGGUUCAACAGUUGACUUUAAGGGUGUCGAUUUUGAGCUCCUUCCAUUUGGUGCCGGACGUCGGAUCUGCCCUGGAAUGCCAUUGGCUAUUAGGAUGGUGCAUUUGGUCCUCGCUUCGUUGUUAAAUCAAUUUAAGUGGAGUCUCCCUAUUGAGCUUGAAAGGGAUGGGAUUGAUAUGGAAGAAAAGUUUGGCCUAUCACUUACGAAGGUCGUGCCUCUUCGUAUUGUACCAACACCGAUUUGA